AAUUCGCUCUCUGAGCUUUGUUCCGCUCAUAAUUGUAAAAUAUAAAUUUCACAACACAGUAAUUGUAAACACACGCGAACCUCACAGAGUAAAAGAUAAAUUCAGGAGCGGUAUUUCACACAUAUUUAACCGGGGAGGUGUUGCGCGGCUGUUGUAAAUGAGGCGUAAUUGUAUGAGGAUCUAUGUACUGUACUACUGCAGUAGUACUACUACUUCCUCUACUACGCAGUACUGCCAUUUACUGCUGCUGGCUCUGCUCUCACUGUGAGUGUGUUUACAGGUUUAUCCGUGAAGUAGAAGCUGAACAGCCAGAUACAGUUUACCCUCCAAUGCCACCCAAGAGAGACGCAGGAACCCAUCCAACACAACCCCCUCUGAAGAUGAUCAAAAUCGGCCCUGACGCACAGGAGUUUGGCUGUGAUCCAGUGGAGGAUAAGUACAGGUUGGCUGAGGAGCCCAGCUACUCACCUUUUCCUAACAAUGAGCAUGAAUCGAUUGAAUUUGAUGAAGAAAACAUUGCAAGUCCAGGACUCAGAACAGACACCAUCAGCCUCCUCAUGAAAAUAGAGCAACUGCAGGCACAACUGAAGUAUGAACGCAGAUGCAGGAUUUUGGCCGAGACAGAGCUGAGGGAGCUGAAAGAGAUGAACACUCUCAUGAUGCAGAUGAGGCACACGGCACAUGAACUGCGAGUCACUCUGGAUCACGUUCUCCACGGAGGCGAGGCGACGGCCGAAACACCGCAGAACUCUCAAGAUGAAUCUAUGUCUUUCCUGCCUGAGCCUGAGGCCGAGAUGGGAGAGGAGCAUAAUAUCCCAGAGGACGAUCACAACUUCUUGUAUCUUUCUGAGGAUCUUCGAGUACCAAAAAAUCUUUAUAUGCGCGUCGCAGAGAUCGCAGACUACAAAAAGUACACGUCGGCUCUGCUGAUGAUACUUUUUGACAGAGAAACGUUGGCCACACACUCUCUGCAAGGCCGCAGGAACACCUUCACUGGAGAGGAAUGCCACAAACCUCAACUCCCACCUGAGAUCUUGAGAAGUUUAAUUGCUCAUGUGGCGGUCAAAUUCGGCGUUGAUAGCAGCCAAAUAAAAAUUGCAAUCCGCACAAAGUUGAAUAAUGAGGACAAACUAUUAAAGAAGAGACUGGGUAUGGGUAAAGCUGAAAACAAAGCUGUUAUGGAUCAAAGCUUUUGCUCCGACGCUUCACUCCUGCCUGAAAACGGAGCAAUGGGAAAUGAUUCUCAGUUAUAACCUUUUGAGUCUGCCUUCAUCUGUUGGUCACCAGCGUUUCAUGUUUGAUAGAAAUGUAUGACAGGUUGCCUUUUUUAACCCACCUGUAGUUUAUUAUGUAUUGAAAUCUACCGUAGUGCUUGAAGUUAGUUAUCUUUUCAACACUUUUUAGAAUUCUUCCUUUGUUUUUGUUUUUUACAGCUGUUGUCUGUCGUGUGUUCGAAAAGUGUAAAUUUUAAUCUGGUGACUCAACCAACAGCACUAUAAAAUGUCACGUGUGUAAUCGUCAGUGGUAAAACAUUUACCAAGUGUUCUUAUUUAAUUUGAGGUAGUAAGUGGCUGUGUCAAAUAAUAGGGGUGCCAUUGUACCCUGUUGUUCACGACAAACUGUGCAUUACACCAAGUGAUACUGUGCUUCUAGAAUAGUUUAUUUUUUGCAAUUAUGCUGUAAAUGAUAAUUAAUCUUUCUGCUUCCACAACAUCUAUUAGAUCACUUCUUUUCUGUGUUCGUUGUUCUUAACCACAUAAGGGCCAAUAAACUUUUGAAACUGA